AUGCUGAAAGAGAAAUAUGAUGAUAAGGAAGCAAUCACCGACGACUUGAUUCAACGAUUCCUUGCUUUAAAACCCUGUUGGUCGUUUUCAGAUGUCCGACAAUUUCAACUUGAAAUGGAAUUGAUUUGCAGACAACUCGAAGCUCUCGGGGCCGAGUUAAAUAAUCCCAUCAUUUGUUCUUCUUUGGAGGACAAAUUAAAUUAUACAAUAUUAAAGGAAAUCAAAGAAGCCAAACGUAAUAACCCAGCAUGGAACACGAAAAUGUUCAGAGACAAAUUAAAACAACUAGUCCAAGAGGAGAUAUCUUACAAAAUGGCUUAUGGUCUACAACAUGAAGCAAAGACUUCUACUAAUGGUAGAGAUACAGAUGCCCGUUCUUAG